AUGCGGGCGGCCAUCUCGAUGGCAUGGGCAUGGCCACAGUUCAUCCUGUGGCUGUGUCUCGCACGCUGCGGCGCGGAGCGGCCGGCGACUCACCUCGGCAUUCUCAGCACCAACAACGACGAGGCUGCUCCAACGACGAGCAUGAGGCAUUUCGUGUUCUCAGUGGCCUGGGUGUUCCAAAGCACUGGCUUCAAGGAGCUCGGGGCGCGUGCUCUAGGAGAUUACUGUGGCUGGCCUGGCAUCACUUGCCAUGGCAGCUGUGUGGUGUCCAUUGUGCUCGGAGAGGAUGCUCAUGGACAGCUACCAGAAUUGUGGCACUUCGGCAACCUGAUCGAAGUGGACAUUUCAUCAAUGGAUGUCUGGGGCGACCUCAAGGUUUUGGAAGAGUGCACACGCCUCAAGUUCUUGAAUCUGAGAGCUGAAGCAAUGCGGGGUGACAUUCGGGCGCUUGCUAACAUGAAGUGGCUUGAGCAGUUUUCUCUCCUUUCUCUUGAAGGGAUUGCUGCAAUCGAGGGUGACAUCCAUGUGCUUGCCAACAUGGAGUUGCUCCAGGAGGUGCAACUCAGCAAGACCAAAGUUUCUGGCGACAUCAAGGUUUUCAACGAGUGCAAACUCCUCAAGUACUUGUAUCUUGACGACGCUUCUGCAAUUGGUGGUGACAUCCAAGUCUUUGAGGCAUUGCCGGGCAUAAAAGCAUUAAAUCUCCAAGGAACACAAGUCUAUGGCGACAUCCAAGCCUUCCAGGGAUCGGCACAGCUGCACACUCUCGUACUCGCAAGCACGCAAGUGUAUGGUGACAUUAGGGCCUUCGAGGCCACUCACAAGUUGGAGUUGCUUCAGGAGGUGCAACUCAGCAAGACCAAAGUUUCUGGCGACAUCAAGGUUUUCAACGAGUGCAAAUUCCUCAAGUACUUGUAUCUUGACGACGCUUCUGCAAUUGGUGGUGACAUCCAAGUCUUUGAGGCAUUGCCGGGCAUGAAAGAAUUAAAUCUCCGAGGAACACAGGUCUAUGGCGACAUCCAAGCCUUCCAGGGAUCGGCACGGCUGCGCGCUCUUGAUCUCCAAGGCACACAAGUUUAUGGUGACAUAAGGGCCUUCGAGGCCACUCACAAGUUGGAGGAGCUGAUUCUCGAAGCAACUCGCAUUUCAGGUAACAUCCAGGCCUUUGAGAAGACCAAGCUUUUGGAAAAUCUAGCAUUGAGCCUCACAGAGGUUGAAGGCGAUAUCAGAGUCUUUAACACCACGCGGCACUUGCAAAAGCUGCGCUUGCUUUCCACGAAAGUGUGUGGAGAUAUCGUCGCCUUGCAGGGUGCCACGAGUCUCUCAGAGCUCUUCCUUAGAUCGACCAAUGUGCAGGGCGACAUUGAGGCACUUACUUCCACCUCAAGGUUGGAGCAAUUGUCGCUUGCCUCAAGCAAGGUUUCGGGAAAUGUGGACAUUUUCAAUUCUUCCAAAGUGACUGCCUUCCGCAACCUGUGGAAACUAGAGUUGGAUCACACAGACGUGGUUGGAAAUAUUUCCUUUAUCGGCUCUCUCGCUCAGCUGCUGGACGUGAAUCUCGCAGCAACCCGCAUCUCUGGCGACAUCGACGUUUUCAGCCGCAACAAGCGACUCAAAUUUGUUCGUUGUCAAAGCACACAAGUGAAGGGGGAUAUCCGAAGCUUUGAGGACCUUCCGCACCUGACUGAAGUGGACAUGUCCUUCACCAACAUCACUGGAGAUGUCACAGUCUUUGCUCACAAGAUGUCCCUUCACACAUUGAAGCUUGCGUCGACUGGGAUCUUCGGUGACAUCGAAGAUUUGGUCUCGGGGGACAAUGCUUUUGAGGUUCUGGAGCUUUCCUCCACUUCAGUCGUUGGAAACAUCUGGGUGUUUCAACAUGCCUUGUCUCUUCGGGAGAUCUACCUUGAAGAUACCCAGGUGACCGGAAGUAUGGACGGCAUCUUACACUGGGAAAAGGUUAACACGUCGCUGGCGUGGCUGCUGCAAGGAGCUGCGCACUUUGAGGCUUUCGGACCCGAACUCAGUAGCCGUCAAGCAUUACACUUGCGAAGCAGUGCGGUAACGACCUGGAUCCACGUUGCAGAUUUUUUGAAACGGCUACACCUCCCGACGCUUGUUGCUAAGGGCAGUGAAGUUCGGUUCAUCCCUGCUGGUGAAGAUCGGGUAGAUUUGCUGCAGCUACCGCAGUUCUUGCACCCGGAAGAGGCGUCGCUUCAGUUACUUCCUGCAUUGACAACACUGGAGGUGUCGGGUUGCCAAUUGCAGGGGCCAGUGUCCGAUCUGCUACUUCCGCUCGCAUUCUGCGAGCAUUUGGGCAGUGUUCUGGCCAGAGAGUCCGGGCUAACCGGAGACCUUCCAACCACUGACCCGUCUUGGACUUGUCCGGGUGCAGCCAUCCCACACGCGUUGCACUCAAUAGGCUUGUCCUCGAACAAGCAGCGUCUCCAGCUGGCGGAGAAUGUGCUAACCAAAGCUUGCCGUGCAAAAGUGUUGAUUGAUCUGAAGCACACUUGGUUGGACAACCCUUCCUUGGACGAGAUACGCAAGUUGGUUGCAAAAGGUACAGUGAAUCUGAGCGAGCGACGAGUAUUCCUGCGUGAAUCGGAAGGCUACAACUGCGUUGACAUCGACAGGAGCAGCACCACACUUGAAGUGACGCCAUCCAAAAUCCUGCCGCAUGAGUGGUGCACCUGUCUACAAGGCUGGUUCGGUGCGGGGACCGACUGCAAGGAAUGUCCCGAGGAUUUUUUCAGCGACGAGCUAAACUCGUCGAGUUGCAGCCACUGCCCGGCGCACACCAACAGCUCCAAACGGUCCACUAGCGUGCACGACUGCCACUGUCAGGACCGCCAUUUGAAUUGCUCUGGCUACUCCAGCAAUGCGAGCACCGCGCAACCUCUCCUGGGCUACGCUCGUUUGGAACUGAAGGCUCACGAAGCGUUCCAGUGCCUGGACAAAAAGCGUUGCCCUGGCGAUGGUGGGGCUGCCUCGGGCCUUGGGUGUGGAAGUGGCUACGAUGGCCCACUGUGCACGGGCUGCCACAAGACAUUCUUCGCCGCAGGCAACUCUUGUCUCCCGUGCUCCAACAAACACCAGCAUCUACCCACCUGGCUGAUCCACGCCAUGGCCUCCGUCACGAUCGUGGCCUUGUUGUGGGCCGGCGUAGUGGCCGUCGCCUACUUGGUGUAUUCCUGGCAUCCCGGGCAGUGGCUUGAAGUGCAGUUGCAGACGUUGCGCCAGGCUGUAUUCGCUGAGGGAGUUGUUGGCUCCUUGCAGCAGAAGCUCCUCAAAAGCCAGGCGCCCGUCUUACUCCAGAUGUGUCAGCUGCUUUCUCAGGCUAAGAGGCUGUGGGUCGUCUUGGCCGUGUUGGCCAGCAACAAAGAGAAGGAAGGGGACGAGGCCUCUUCAAGCAGACUCUGGGAGCUGCCCUACAUGCAGACCUUGCAGUUUGCCAUUGGGAACUUGCAGGAGCUGCUCUACUUGCAAUGCUACCUUGGAGGCCCCCCGGUUCGGCUGGCCCUGGCCAUCCUCACGCCAGUGCUACCCCUGGCGCUGCUGCUUUGCAGCUCGGGCCUUGAGGUCUUCAGACGUGGAGCAGGAGUCAGCGCAGCGUUGAAGGUCCUACCGAUCUUUUUCAUCGGCGGAGCGUCAAAGUGCUUCGCCUUACGCAGCUGCCAGCGUUUUGAUGCAGGAGGCGAGCAACUCGAGAACUUCGCUUUUCUGAGGCAGCUGCCGGAUCUUCGUUGCGAGCAAGAUGUGGCCUGGGCCGACUCCUCGCCGGAGCAGAAGCUUGUAUCUUCAGUUUUCUGGCCUUGUGCCAUAUGCUACGGCAUCCUCAUUCCCUGCUUCCUCUUUUACCUCUACUUUCGCCAGCACGUGCUCCUGCGCUACAGCCGGGUCCCCCUUCAACUCAUGCAGGGCGGCAAGGAGCAGCACUUGGCAGUUGGCCUGCAGGACAGGAUGCUGGAGAGGCGCGUGGUGGCAGCUGCAGUGGCCUACAUUGCCAUGAUGCAGCAGGGCACCGUCAGAAUCCAACUCAGCGGCGGGAAGGGGAGACUUGGCGACGGCUAA